AUGGAGCGCAUGUCUUCACCCGUCAGGUUCCGCAGCAGCAGAAAGGAUAAAGAAUAUGUUGGCUUUGCCACGCUGCCCAACCAGGUGCACCGAAAGACCGUGAAGAAGGGCUUCAUCUUUACACUAAUGGUAGCAGGAGAGUCUGGUCUGGGUAAAUCUACCCUUGUCAACAGUCUGUUCCUCACAGACCUCUACAAAGACAGGAAGGUUCUUAAUGCUGAAGAGAGGAUCACUCCAACGGUCGACAUCAUCAAACACACUAUCGGCAUUGAGGAGAAGGGGGUCAGACUACAGCUCACCAUCUUGGACACACCAGGGUUCGGGGAUGCUGUCAAUAACACUGAAAGCUGGAAGGAAAUCGAGGACUACAUUGACCAGCAGUUUGAGCAGUACUUCCGAGAUGAGAGCGGGCUGAACAGGAAGAACAUCCAGGAUAACCGAGUCCACUGCCUCCUCUACUUCAUCUCUCCCUUUGGCCACGGUCUUCGACCUUUAGAUGUGGAGUGUAUGAAGGCCUUGCAUGAGAAGGUCAACAUAGUGCCUGUGCUGGCCAAAGCUGACAGCCUGACUCCUGCAGAAGUGCGCAGGAAGAAGAUGAAGAUCCGUGAGGAGAUCGAGUACUUUGGGAUCAAAAUCUACCAGUUUCCAGAGUGUGAUUCAGAUGAGGACGAGGAGUUUAAGCAACAGGACCAGCUACUCAAGGACAGUGUACCAUUUGCAGUCAUUGGAAGCAAUCUUCAAAUAGAGAGUAAAGGUCGCAAGUUCAGGGGCCGUCUUUACCCUUGGGGUGUUGUAGAAGUGGAGAACCCCGCACACUCUGACUUCCUGCUACUGAGGAACAUGCUGGUGAGGACCCACAUGCAGGACCUGAAGGACAUGACGCGGGAGACGCACUACGAAAACUACCGGGCCCAGUGCAUCCAGAGCAUGACGCGCAUGGUGGUGAGGGAGAGGAGACGCAGUCUGCGUGACAAGAUUCAACAGGGGAGCGAGUUGGAUAUCCCUCUACCAUUGGCAGUCGUCGACGGUGAGAAGGAAAGACUCAUCCUGGAAAAAGAUGAAGAGCUGCGGAGGAUGCAGGAGGUGCUGGAGAGGAUCCAGGACCAGAUGCAGCACGGCCAGAGAGGAGGCUGCUGA